AGAAAAUGAUCUCAGGAUGAUUAAUCUACCGAAGAAAUGAGGUAAGAGUAAAGUUUCGGCAAAGUCUAAGAGACAAGCUGGGAAAAAGCCAAGACUUACUUUGCAACCAGAUACUACAGAAGAGAUUUAUAGUAAUUUCAAGAAAAGUAUGGAGGAAGAUAAGUUUAUGCUGACAAAACGUCUAAAUUCUGUUCUUGAGCAGCUUGAAGCCGCUCAUCGUGAGAAAGAGGAAGUUGAUAGGAAGCUUCAAGAGAAAUCCCAGACUGUUCUUGAUCUUGAAAAACAAAUAGAGAACAACCAAUUUGCCAAAGAGAGCCUUGACUCUAACCUUGAUCUUGAAGUCUCUAAAGAGCGAGAGCAACACCAACUUCUUAAAAACGAUCUUGCAAGGUACACCCAAGAACGGGAUAACUUAAAGGCAAAACUGGAAGAUCUCCAGAAUCAAAAAUCUCAUGUGGAAGCAGAAAAUGAAAGAUUGAACAAUGAAUAUUUUCAGAAAACAAAGGAGCUUAAAUCCUGUCAAUCUCCAAGUUGAAAAUGCAAAAAUACUCAGAAUUCUACCCAGAAUUUUAAGCAAAGCUCAAAAUGUCUAUCUCUCGAAGAGGAAUUUGUCCAAAAGCAGUCAAAACUCACACAACUUGAAAGAGAGCUAGAAUCCCUCAAAAAUUACUAUAAUUUCAGCAGAGAAGAACGUACCAGACUAGAAGAAGAAAUUGAAAGGCUCAAUAUUGAAAAGAGACGACUUCUUGCGACUAUCAAGCAUGACAAGGAAAGUGAGGAUAAAGAGAACCACCACCAGCGGAAACUUACCGCUGCUAAAUUGAUAGCCUUAAAAAUACAUCAGAUAAGCCACAGGAGCCUUAUCCCAGGCCUCAAUUCUAUCAAGAGAGAAAACUUUGAGAUUCGAGUGAAGCAGAGAGCUUUAAGAAGGCUCGAAAUCUUCGCUAAUGCCAAGAUCCAAAUGAGACUUAGAAGAGCAAUCAAAAUUUGGUAUCUAACUGCUUAUGAUUUUACUGAAAAUACCCAGACUGUACUCCAACUGUCCACCCAAAAGGCAGACUUUAAAGUGCAAAGCAAGUUCUUCUAUGCUUGGAGAAGCGCAUACUUCCAUAAGCUUAGGCAAUAUGACUCCAGGCUGGAGUCCUUCCACAGGAUCUUAGCGAUAGCAAAGCGUAAGGAAGCUACUGCCCUUAACAAAUCUUUUGUUAGAUGGAAAGAUAACACUGAGUGGGCUACAAAGACUAGAACUAUGCUAAAGAAUUUGAUUCACAAAUCCACUAGAGGGCUUAAGCUACAGUCUUUGCAUCUUUGGAUCGAUACUCUAAGAGGAGUCCAAGAGAAAGGGAAAUAUGAUGCACUAAGAAAUCAUAUCACUGGAGUCCGAAUGAAGCAAAAGAUAUUCUACGCUUGGAAGUUAGUCACUUUACACAUCAAACACACUCGAGAAAUUGAUCAUUUCGAGCACCUGAAGCUGAAAUGCGAGACCAAGAGGAAAACCAAGCAAGUCGCUAGAGGAAGCUACCUUGUAAACUUUGCCUGCACUGAGAAACAAAAGUACCUCAUCCUGAAAGCUUUCACUUCUCUAAAGAGAUAUACAACUUGAAGCUUGCUCGAGAAAGAGAUUGAAAGGAAAGAAGAAUGUGAGAAAAGGCUAUCUCAACUGAACAAACUCAAUGAAGUUAAGGUCAAAUACCAAGUCUUUCGUAAGGCCUUUGCAAGCUACACUGAUAGGAUGUACAUUGGGUUCCGUCGGUGGAAGCUCUUCACAAACUACAAGACCAUCAUGAUCGAGAGAAUCCAUCACAGAGUAGUUUCUGCUCAAAAGAAUAAAGUAAUUGAUACCUUCCAGUUAUGGCGAAGAAUGGCCAAUCAGUCUAAAAUUGAUGAACUAAAGCAGAUCAAUUCUAAAAUUGCCAAGGAUAAUGAACUCAUCUCCGAAGAUAUUCAAAGCUUAGAAGAGAAGAAGCAUGAUCUGACCAAUCUUGGCAACCACAUUAAAGAGAUGAAGCUGGGACGUUGACUGAAUAAGCUACUCAGACAUCAACAAAGACAAGCAAUCUUUCGAUGGAAGGGGCAUACUCAGCAGUUUGCUAGCAAAGAAGCAGGCCUGAACUUGCUCGCCAAGCUUGAAUCCAAGCAUCAUUGAAGAAGAGUAGUAAAGCUCUGGAAAAUAAAGGUCUCUGAAAAUAAGAGGUCUCAGUAUAUCCAAAAUUUCCUUGAAAAUAAUAGUUCUUACAAGAAGGUUCAAACUAAAAGAAGGAUCUUUGAGUUUCUCCAAACUUUUGCCAAAAGUAACAAGAAAUCAAAGAAAAUCAUCAAGCGAGUACACCAAAAAUGGACUAAAAAUCUACUCUUUACAUACCUGAAUAGGUGGAAAGGAGCUGAUUUCAAGCAGAAAAUAGUAGUAGUAAGAGAAGGAAUUGUACAGAUUCAGCAACAAAACCUUCAACACCAAGAAGAUAUCGAAAAUCUCAAUGAAAAAAUUGAAGAAACAUUGGCUUAUAAUUCUGCCUUAGGCACAAGAUUAUUAGAGCAAGCCCAAAAAUGAAUCUGAAACACUUCUAAAAGAUAUUGGUCAUACCGUCUCCAGGAAUCCUUCAAACAUUGGAAAAACACAGUUAAAUCGCGAGCAGAGCAAGCCUCAGCCUUAAGAUCUUUACUCAACCAUCAUUUAAGGAAGUCUAAAGUGGUUGCUCUCAAACUCUGGGUUGAAUCCACUACUGCUAAAACAGUACAAGAUUUCCAGCUAAAAAUCCUGGCCUUCAAAAUGAGUCAAAAGAAAGCCAGGAUCUUAAAAACCUGGUCAUUGUUCAUCCAAGCAGAGAAAAGAGCAGUCGGUACUGUACAGAAAUUCUGGCUCAAGCGCGAGAAAGCAUUCAAAAGUUUGGCAGUGGAAAAAUGGAGGGAUUUUACAUUCAAAUGCAGGAAAGAAGAGGCAAACAAGAAGAAGAUAACUAAGAUGGCCAAGGUGCUGGAACGAGGGAUCCUGAGGGAAUCAGUGAGCACAUGGAGAACAGCUACUUAUAAUUCAGUUACUCUCUCUAUGUUUAACUCAAUAAAAAGCUUUGAAGAGGCAAAAAUUUCGAGUGAGCAGAUAAUUGGAAACUUGAACAAGAAGAAGUGAGAUAUAGCAUUCAAAGCAAUUAAGCUCAAAAGGUUAUUAAGAAUUUAUACUCAAUGGUUAUCAAUUACAAAAUUCAACAUUCUUUCAAAACAUAAGAAAGAAAAACUUCAACGCAGUCUUGAAGUGAAACAAAUGAAGAAGUCUCUUAAAAAAUGGAGAGACAGAUCAAAUGCUACUAAAGAUAUCCGAAAGCAACACCAGAUCGCUUACCUCAAUUAUUACCAAAAACUUGGCCGUAAGUGCUUCAGAAUCUGGAAGCAGAACAAUUUUGUGCAGAAAAAAUUUGUCAAUACCAUCGCUAGAAUUUCAAAGACUAGUCAAGAUUAUUCCAAGCUAUACGCAUUUAUGCAGAUCAGACACUUUGGAGAGUCAAGAAUAGCUAGAAAAUCAGAGAGGAAGAUCCAUGCUGCUGGGGAUCUAGCUUACCUCCUUCAGAAAGCUUAUAAAAAUACGCUAAAGACCUCUCUCGCUCAAGUCCAGAUGAUUGGAGUUCACUUGCAGGAAGAGAGCAGGCUUCUAACCAGAGUUGUCAAAAGACUUCAUUCUAGAAAACUCGAGGAAGGAUUCUCCAAAUGGAAAAGCUGCUACACCACACAAAUUAUUGUUGAGAAGGUUAAUACUGAAGGUGAAAUCGCAGUUGAAGCCCUCAAAGCUAACAGGAGAGUCGAAAUAAUGAAAGAUUUCCUCCAGCAACACGGAUAUACUAGGGAAGAGAUUAACCAAGAAGUUGAACAAAGGAAGCAGAAGACUAAAUCCAUCAUGAAAUCAUUCAUCAUCAGACUCUUCUUCAAGACGUCUAAAUUCUCAGUCCUCCCAAAAGCAUUCAACCAGCUAAAAGCAUGGAGGAGGACCAGACAGCUCUAUAGGAAUGCUUUCGAUACUUGUUCUAAGUACAAAAACUCUGAGAUUUUCUGGGCCUUUAAGAGAUGGAAACAUCAUCACUCAGACCAGCUCAAGAGGCUUGAUAAACUUCCUAAAGAUUACCUGAUCUGGAAAUGUAUCAAGGAUGAGCAGCUCCUUGGCUCACUCAAAUGUGAGCAGGGAAGGAACGCUUAUCACAUAAAUAUCCAGCUUGAGCAGAGAGACCAGUUACUGAAAGGCUUCUCAAUCGCUCAAAGAAUCGCCUUUAGACGAAUGGAAUAUAAGCUCAAGUGGAAACCCAUCAGGAAGGCAUUCGAGCAAUGGAAAGUAAAUGCUGAUAACGCCAAGUUGCAGGAAGCUGAUGAACAAGUCAGAAAAACCCAGGAUAUUAUCGAAGAGCUCCUUAAGAUCUGCAAAGAAGCAGAGAAAAGGAACAAAGAUCUUGCCAGUGAGAACGAGGAACUCAGACAAGCCUCUCUUGAUGGUAUCGAGAUCGCAAAGGCUGUUCAGGACCUUACUAGAGAACGUGAGAUUCUGUCAGACGAGCUCAAUGCCAAAAAUCUUGCAAUCAAGGAGCUUAUGCAGGAUAACAACACGAUGUCCGAUCAGUUAGCCAAGUUUUAAUUUCAAUCUUUCAGCUUA